AUGAAGCAUCACAGCAGCAUCUUGUUAGUGGCACUUCUACUCUUAUCCGCACUCGCCAUGUCCGUCGACGCCAACCCUUGGAAUCCCAAAAAGCAUAUAACAACGGUGGUGGUGGAGAACGACAUCGAGGGACGGGAACUCACGGUCCAUUGCAAGUCUAGGGACGACGAUCUGCACCUCCGCAGGCUGCAACCGCACCGGUCCUUCGACUUUACAUUCAGGCCGACCUUCUUCGAGACGACUCUGUUCUAUUGCUCCUUUGACUGGGGGGAGGGGGUUCGUUGGUUCGACAUCUACAUUCAGGACAGAGAUUACCAUAUCUGCAAGUGGUGUCGAUGGCUCGUAAGGAGGGACGCGGUGUGCUUGACCAGUGACACAAAUCAGGCUUGUUACUACUAUAAGAGGAGGUAG